AGUGGGGAGUGGGGUUUCUCUAAGACUGAUCAUUCAGAUUAUUUUGUUUUAUUUUAAAUCAUUCUGCCGACAGAAAACGAGACCAUAUAGAGAGAGCAGGGGACUAUGUUCUUCUCCCUUCUAUCUUUUUCACUUCUUAGUUAGCACUUCAUUGACAAUGGAUUUCUGCCGGAAUGUGUCUGUUUCAGCGGGCUUGCCGUCGGACCUCCCGUCGGAGCAGGUUAUUUCCCCGGCUUACCCAACGCUUGGGGCCUUGUCUACUUCUCUAGACGACCUCUUUCCCUGCGAGAAUACAGAAGAUGAUGUUAGCUUAGAAUGGCUCUCAAUCUUUGUAGAGGACUGCUUAUCCAGCAAUGGGAAUUGCAUACCAGUACCCACAAGUACUCAAGGCCAAGAAAGCCAAACCAUAAGACCCUUAAAACCCUCAAAAAAGAACCAUGGAAACCCAUGUCUAGGAGAGUUUUUUAUCCCAGGCAAGGCCAGAAGCAAAAGGAAAAGGAGCAGGGCAACCCCUUUGAUUAGUUGGUUUCAGAAAGACCCACAGAACCACCUUCUCCAUGCUGCCACCUCAGACCCUCCAUUACUCCACCAAGCUUAUUGGUUAGCUGACAGUGAACUGAUUCUACCCAAAAAGGAGAAGAGCAGCAGAAAUGAAGAAGAAGAAGAAGAAGAAGAAGAAGAAGAAGAAGAGGAAGAAGGAGAAGAAAAGCCAGAGGAGAAGAUGGUGGGGAAGGACAGCAGGGGCAGCUCAGGCAACUUGGUGGAGGCUAGUGUUGGGCAGCAGCCUAGGAGGUGCACCCAUUGUCUAUCACAGAAGACACCACAGUGGAGGGCAGGACCUUUGGGUCCCAAGACCCUGUGCAAUGCAUGUGGUGUGAGAUUCAAGUCAGGGAGGUUGCUGCCUGAGUACAGGCCAGCCAAGAGCCCCACUUUUGUGAGUGACAAACACUCCAAUUCUCAUAAGAAAAUCAUGGAGAUGAGAAUGGCUAUGCUCUCUUCUGUUUCUACUGAGUAAUAAUGUUGAGCUUAUUCUGUAGUCUCCUCGGGGUUUAGCUAUAAAAUUCAUACUUCCAUGUGGGUUCAUUUCAAUAUUUCAAUUUUGUAUGUAGUCUUUAAAUGGAACUGAGCUUCCUGUUUACUUCUUUUGGGGGAUUUUUUUUUCUUUUUUUCCUUUGUUCAGUUUAUGUUCUAUUUUUUGCAGGGAUGUUUGUUGAUAUUCCAUUCUUUGUGCCCUCUGGUUUGAUUUCUUGAGUCUAUUUCUAUGUAAUAUCCACAAAGGAAAGCAAUGGCCAACUGGGUCUAAACUCAAAUUGUCAAAACCCUUGUA